GCCGGAACAGUAAGCGGUUAGCAGCCCUACAUUGGCAUCUGGCGCACACAUUGUCAGUAUAUAUUAGGGCGCGCACGGCUGCCAAACAUUUGUAUUUACAGGAUAAGCUCGUAAGUAAGCUGGUGAUGGCUGGUGGUUCAGGAAGUGAAGAUAUGUUUGACUGUAUUAUUAUGGCGGAUGAACGGUUCCGAGGAGAGGGCUACCGGGAGGGAUUUGAGAAAGGGACCCGCCGAGGACUGCAGGACGGCCGCAGACAUGGAGCCUCUCAUGGGGCCAAGCUGUCCACUGAGAUUUCCUUCUAUUAUGGGUUUGCCAUCACAUGGAAAUGUCUCCUCCAACACUGUACAGAUGUCAAAUCAAGAAAGCGUAUAAAAGCACUGGAAUCGCUCAUGGGUUUGAUCCAGAACUCCCCUCAUGAUGAUCCGCAGUCUGCACACCUACAAGAGAACAUGGACAAACUCCGGGCCAAGUUCAGACAGGUCUGCUCAAUGCUGAGUGUCCCAACUGACUUCAAGGAUUACAUCAAAACUUCUGAGGGGAUUUCUUUUUGAACAUCUCCUGAUGACGAGGAGGAGGAUAAAGAGCUGAGCCGACCUCUGGAGGACAGAAAAGUGGGAAACUUAGCUGCUUUCAGCACGGGAAGCAGCAAGUGACUGGUCUGCAGUGGAUUUAUUAGAGGGUUUGGAGUGUGAAGCAGUACCUGCAUCCGUCUGAGAGUCUGUGCCUUUACAUUGUGGUGGGAAUGUCCACAAUCCUCAUUCAACUGGAUCAAUGCAAGCAGAGACUGCACGCACUGUUUAGUGUUGAACUUGCAGUGGAUGUAUUGCAGUGGUUCAGCGUGUUUAACAGAUUUGAAAAUCAAGUCAGUAAUAAACUGUAUGAGACAGAACAAAGGCCCUGUUCACACCUGGCAUUAAAAUGCGUCUCAAGUGAUCAGAUCUCACUUUCUUAUAUGCAAAUAAUGGGUCUGUACCCUGUGUACUUCCAGGACGUCAGUUGAUACCCAGGACACAUUACAUACACACUGCUAAAAGAAUGUGUUCCAGACCACUUCCAAAUGUGGUCUAAGCAAUCGGAUCUCAACACAUCCUCAUUGUGUCCCAGGUACAUUCACACCUGUACUUGUGAUCGGAUCAGCCAAGAUGCUUGUUAAUACCGGAUGUAAACGUGGCUAAAAUCACAAAUCUCUUGGAACAUGAUUUGCUCUUUGAUGUCUUAACUUAAGAUGUCUUAACUUAAGACCUCAAAGGGCAAGACUCUUGAGUGUGUUUAUUCUGUGGGAGGUUUGACUGAACUACAGGGACUAAAUAAUUAAAGCAACUCUAAUUCUCAGCAGUAGUGAAAAGAAGUACCUAUACUCAGGUCUCAGUUCUUUCUUUGUUCUGCUCUAUACUCUACUGUGUGUUCUACACCACUACAUUUAUCUGACCGCAGCUUUUUUAUUUGACCUUUAUUUAGAGAGUUAUUCUAAUUGAGAGACAGGGUGACAUUUGAAGAGCUUAGAAAAUAUGGUUUAACUUUCAUUGUUACACAAAACAGUAUACACAGAGAGAGUGGGGAUGGAGAAAAACGCUUCUCUGUAUUUGCAGUACACUUGAGCAAACUACAUCCUCCAAAAUUAUCCUACAGUUGAAUCAAGAUCUCUGUAAAACAGAGCAUUUUAACGUUAAUCAGUAAUGUUAAUCAGUAUAUAUUUACACUUUGGAAAGGGCUGUCCCACAAAAACAUAUUUUGCUCAUGAUUCUGUAUAUUUAAUAAAGUAAAACUCUGGAUGCAAGA